UUUGAGAGACGCUCCAUGGGGCAAAUUCGAUUAAAAUACUACAGAGAACUAUAUUUUCAUCCUUUUCCAGGCACUAAAACGGUUGGCUACAAUCGCAUGCGUUUCUUAUUAAACUCUUUGGCCGACAUAAAUAGUCAACUACAGGCCCUAGGCGACACUGGUGGCGAUUUGGGUAAACUGUAUCUGUUUCAAGGCAACCCUACGGCUAUUUUUCGACGCUUGAAUGAGCACUAUCAGCUGAAUAAGAUCUGUUUCGAACAAGAUUGUGAACCAAUUUGGAAUCGGCGUGAUGACUCGGUGCGCGCCUUGUGCAGCGAACUAGGCAUUGAGGCUGUGGAAAAGGUCUCACAUACGCUAUGGGACCCGCGCACCGUUAUUAGUACGAAUGGUGGAAUACCACCGCUAACAUACCAGAUUUAUUAA